ACACAUGGACUUCACGGUUUCCCUGUACACAUUAAUUGUACACUACACGAGGUUGUUGAGGUAGCUUGCGUUUAUCCGACAGCUUGGGUAAAGUCGCAUAUGUCAGGAGGAAUGGGUAGCUGAUGUUAGCGGGACCGCGCCUGACUCCGUUCCGCAGAGCCUUCGGAUCGUGCCUGGCCAACCGCGCGGCCCACAGAGGCGGUCGGGCCUCCUCUGUCCGCGGCUUCCUCGCCUUGCGCGCCCCCGCCAUGGCCAAGAGCAAAUUCGAGUACGUCCGCUCCUUUGAGACGGACGACACCUGCCUGAGGAACUGCUACAUCGUUGUGCGCUUAGACGGUCGAAACUUCCACAAGUUUGCUGAGCAGCACCAGUUCACGAAGCCCAACGACGAGCGCGCGCUGGGCCUGAUGACGCGCAGCGCCCGCUCGGUCAUGGAGGAGCUGGAGGACAUCGUCAUCGCCUACGGGCAGAGCGACGAGUACAGCUUUGUCUUCAAGAGGUCCUCCCACUGGUUCAAGAGAAGAGCCAGCAAGCUGAUGACUCAUGUGGCAUCGCAGUUCUCCUCUAGCUACGUCUUCUACUGGAAGGACUAUUUUGGGGACCAGGAGCUGAAGUAUCCCCCUGGCUUUGAUGGCAGGGUGGUGCUGUAUCCUAGCAACCAGAACCUCAGAGACUACCUCAGCUGGAGACAGGCCGACUGUCAUAUUAAUAACUUGUACAACACGGUGUUUUGGACUUUGGUGCAGAAGGGUGGGCUGACCACAUCCCAAGCAGAGGAGAGACUGAGGGGCACUCUAGCAGCCGAUAAGAACGAGAUCUUGUUUGCAGAGUUCAACAUUAACUACAACAACGAGCCUCUACUCCACAGGAAAGGCACAGCUCUGGUCUGGAAAAAGUUCGACGAAACCAUGAUGAAACCAGUGAAACGUGCGAGCGAAGAGCAGGAGAAGGAGGUGGUGGUGACGCGCAGCCGGAGCAGAGUCGUCGCCCUGCAUUGUGACAUCAUCGGGGACCAGUUCUGGCAGGAGCACCCCGAGAUUCUGGAGGGGGAGAGCUAGCCAAGCACACACCUGACGGCGCACAUUCCCCACGGGCUAAACACCAGCUCUGGCUGUAUAAUGGAAGGCCUGAGCAGAGGAGGGGUCACAAACAGGUGGAGCUGUUUAUCUCUGGUGCCAGAAGGAAAGGAGGAGACGAGUGGUUUACCUAAUACUCUGGCCUGGCUUUCCUUCAGCCCUGCUGUGUCAGCUGUGAAGUGCUUAUCUACCCUGUUUUCUGCCCAGAGGUAGUUGUAACUGAAAUUGGUGGGUUUUAUAACCACCGGUGAAAAGAUGGGUGUGAUUUUUUCCAUUUCACAUGGAAUGAAAUGGUGAACAAGUAAGCGCUUUAACUCCGCAGCAAUUACAUUACGUGGAAAAACAGUAAUAGUGAUGGGCAGACCUAAAUCUCAAGAAGGCAUUCCUUGAUGAACAUGAGCGCUGAUCCAAAGCUGGGUCACUCUGUAGUCGCAUCUCUGCUGUCUGUAAUGUUGAAUUAAGCUACACCUAUGUCUGUACUUCAUGCAGUUUUUAAUAAAGCAGUGACUGGAUUUGUA